GCUGUUUGUAUUAGCCAACUUAUUGUAUGCCAGGUUGAACUCGACGACAUUGAUUUACUUAUUAAGUGACAAGUAAAAAGUUUAUAGCUAACUAACAGAGUUUCUCUGUUUAAUCUUUAUGAUAACGGGUUGUACCAGUGUUGCCCAUAAUGGAUAUAAUUUCUUGGAGUUUUUAAUAUGAAAUAUUGUUUAAUGGUGUUAUAGUCAAUGCCUGACUUGUUUUAAUUAACAUGGAUGAUUACCUGUUAAUGACAAAAGAAUCACUAGCAAGACUAGAUGAUUAUACUAAGGUCCAUGUUGUUUCAGGCAAUAUGUCAUGUGAUUUAGAUUCCACUGUGUCAUCUUUGGUCUAUGCUUAUUAUCUUUACACAAUUGAUGAGAAUAAAGAUGUCUUCUACCUACCUCUUAUGCAAAUACCACGAAAGAAGUUUCACCUGCGAUUGGAAACUGUGCACUUCUUGGAUAAAGUUGGAAUACAACAAGAAUUAUUGACAUUUUAUGAGGAUAUAUCAUUAUUAGAUUUACACACUAAAGGCAAAUUAAUAUUAACUUUAGUGGAUUAUCAUGUUUUAAGCCCAAGUUUAAGUGACCUUGAAAGUGAUGUUGUGAAGGUAAUAGAUCACCGACCUAUAGAGAAACAAUGGCCAGUCAGUUGCCAGACCAUUAUUGAACCAGUGGGAUCUUGUUGUACGUUAAUUGCAGAAGAAAUACUAAAGAAUCCCAAUUUCCCAUUUGAUGGCAUCGUCAAUGUUCUUCUCUAUGGAACUAUAUUAAUUGACACCAUUAAUAUGUCCCCUGAGGUGGGAAAGACUACAGAUAAAGAUCGUGUGAUGGUACAUGAAUUAGAAGAAUCAUUAGAAGAUAUGGGCGUUGAAAGAGAUGCAUUAUUUGAUGAUAUAAAUGCCGCUAAAUUUGAUAUGUCAGAUUUGACUACCAUGGAAAUUCUUGAAAAAGACGUCAAAUUAAUCGAAAGUAGUAAUUUAACAGUGGCCAUGAGCUCAGUUACAAUGGAAAUAACGGAUCUAUUUGCUAGAGAAAAUCUGGAAACUGAGCUAAAGAAAUCUGCUGAAAUUUUUGGUGCUCAAGUUGUUGUUUUGAUGACAUUAGGCAAAAGUGAUGAUGUUACAAACCGUCAGUUAGCAUUAUAUUCAGACAGUCGUAUAUAUAGACAACAGAUAGCGGAUGUAUUACUGGCUUACAAUGAUCCCAGUUUAAAACUUGAAGUCAGAGACUCACCUUUUGAAGACAUUGUUUCCUAUAACCAAGGCAAUGUACAGGCAUCUAGAAAGAAAGUUUUACCAAUAAUUAAAGGAUUUUUAAAUGGAGAACAAACACCAGAAGACAGUAGCAGUCAAGUCCAGUCAGCAAUAAAUUCUAAUGAACGUGUAAGUUCCUCUUCUGUAAUUGGUGCCAUGGCUGACUCGGGCAAAGGUGAGAGUGAUCAUGAACAACAUAUUCUCAGUAAUGAAACAAUGUCUCCGGAAAUGACAGAUAUAUUUGAUCCAUUUAGCCCUCAGUCAAUUACAGCUGAAAAUGCUGAUAGAGAUACAAACCAAUCUGAUUUAUUUCAAGACUUCGAUAACAUAGGCUCUAAAAACAAUCACCCUUCAAACGACUUGUUACAAACUAAUGAUAUCAAUAAUACGUCAGUGCUAAAAGAUCACAUCAAUAGAGAAACAAGUGGGCCAAAUUCUAAUAGUAGUCUUGAUGUUCAUGAGACUGGUAAUGACCCCUUUGGUAUUGAAGUGACGGUUAAUGAGAGUUCAUUGUCAGCUAAUCAGGUGAACCCAGAUAACACCAAUAAUACCAACCGUUUUGAACCACCAGAAGGAGAAGACAUCUUUGAACUAACAGAAGCUGACAUGUACAACCAAGGUGCUAAUAGUUAUAUAUUUGGAACAGAAAGUCCCAUGGAAUUUACGUCUGCACCCAAUUCUCAACCAGGAUCAAGAGUAUCAAGUUACCCUGUCACUCCACCUAACAGUUUUCUUGAUGCCAGUUUUUUGGGCAAACAGCAUGAUUUACCAAGUUUUAACAAUUCAGAAAUGGUGCAGAUAAUCAAAGCUAAACAAGCUUCUAUUGGAGUAAGUUAUUCUGAAAAUAAUGAUACAGAUGAAAAAGCAGAACCGUAUGCGCCAGCAAAUAGUUAUGCGGGUUCAAGUUUUGAUAGUUACCUGAAAGAGACAAAUCUUCCAAGCUUUCAGAAUACUGAUCUUGUUCAAAAAGUUUGUCAAAAGAGGGCGUCUCUGGAUAUCAGUGCAGCUUCUGGAAGUGAUAAUCUGAACAUUGACCCUUUUCCAUUUACACCACACAACAGCUAUAUGGACAGAUCUCUCGAUCAGUUUGCACUAAGUCAAUUAUCUAGUCAAGAUCUGUCCAAUAGAUUGGAGCAUGAACAGCAGGAUAUUGAGGCUGAUCAAGAUUUACACAGUAACUUUCAAAGCUUUCAAGAUUUUGGUAUGGAUGACAUUGCACCAAUAGCCUCAUCUUCUGCUGCUAGAGUAUUUGAUCUGGGUUCAAAACAGUCAACCCAAUCUGAUUUAUUGAAUAUGGGUUACAGUAGAUCUGUGUCAUCAGAUACAGAAUCAUCAAGAGACAUUGAUUCACCUGAAGAAUCAAGUAUAAACCCUAUGGCAUUACCACCAAUGAACCAGAACAAUCCAUUUUUGCCUGAAGGGCAAGGACAUUCCCAGUUUGAUAAUUCUCAACAAAUGUCUUCAUAUACAGAUGAUUUCGAUCUUGAUCCACUGAAGAGUUCUCCACCAACAUUGCAAGGUCAAAGUUCAUUAGAAUUACUGAAUGGUUUGAUGGAUAGUACACAAGGAGAAAAUGUGGUUGCCAAUCAGCUGGUGGGUGAUAUUCAGACAAAUAGCAUUACUUUUGGAGAUAUGGACAAUUUUCUGAUGGAUAAUUCCUCUGGAAACAAUAGUACUGUUUUGAACAAUGCUUUGUUAGAAAACACUGCAGAUGAAAACGUGGUUGCUAGUCAAAUAAUAACAAAUUCAAAUUCAACAAUCGGUACUUUUGAAAACUUUUUAUUAGGAAACCCAUCUUGUGAAAAUGUCAUUGCUGAGCGGAUGGCCCAGCAAAAUGCAACACAUUUAGAAGAUGAAAUCAAAAAAGUGUCAACAACAGAAAACAAAGACAUCUUUGAUCCCUUUUCAUCUAGUCAAUCAGAUAAAAACGUACUUAUUUUACAAGGCCAGAGUUCUUUAGAGCUUUUGACUGGGCUAACAGAGAAUGAUUCCUUCGAAAAUCAAUAUCCUACUCAGGAUAAUAUGAACAAUAUGCUGCUAGAAAGCCCAACUAGUGAAAAUAUUGUUGCUAGUUCAAUAGCUGAACAAAUAUCAAUAGAUUCAAACAGAGUUUUAAAUCAGUUAGAUAAUUCGACAAUAGACAUCCCGAUCAGUGAAUCUGGUUUUGCUAGUCAGAUAAGAGAAGAAAUUAUAGAAGGUACUAAUACCGGAGUUAAUUAUUUAAAUAACUCUUUAUUAGAGAGUUCACUAGAUGAAAAUGUUGUUGCUAGUCAGAUGAGGGAAGAAAUGGCUGAAGAUACCAGUAAUGGAGUCAGUUAUUUACAUAACUCUUUAUUAGAGAGUUCACGAGAUGAAAAUGUUGUUGCUAAUCAAAUUGAAGCAGAAAUGUCAAUCGAUGCUGAUAAAACCACCAAUAAUGUGAACAACAGAUUUUUAGAAAGUGCAAAAGAGAAUAAUAUUGAUGCUAGCCAUAUUGCAGAACAGAUGGCAAUGGAUGCUGAUGUUGAUACAAACAGUGACUCUUUAUUAGAUGGUUCAUUCAAUAAAGAUCCAGUCGCUAGUCAGAUGUCAGAUAAGGUAUUGGAUGCUAACACAAUGCUUGAGGAUUUGGAUAGUGUAUUGGCUAGUGCCUCUAGCAGUGAUACUAGCAACAUGAUGACUUCAGAUACUUUUCAGCCUUUCACAUCAGGUGAAGAAGAGUUUAUAAAUAAUAUUCCUGUCUUUGAUCCAUUCUCAACUAUUAAAAGUGAAGAAAAUUUGGUGAGUCCUGAUGACAGAAUUGAAUUUAGUCCAUCAAAUGAACAAUUGAAACCUGUGACUAGUUUAUCUUUUAGCCCGUUUACCAGUGAACCAGAUAGUGAAAGAGUCCAUCCAUUUACCAAUGUUCAAGAAAAUAUGUCUGUUCAACAAGAAAAGGAUUUUGAUCCUUUCAGCACAAUAACAUCAGAUGGUCAAAAUCUUGUAUCUGGUUUUAAUGAUAAUUUUGAAGAUUUUGCCAAAGGAAUGAGUUUUGAAAAUGCAGGGUUUGAAAGCAACUUUACCAGCGAUGAAAAACCUGAAGCAGAUUGGUCCAUUUCAAAUGAUGAUGAUCCUUCUACCCAACCCGAAUUGCUGGAUAAGAAUUAUAACAACACAGUCAUUGAUCCCACAGAACCAUUGAACACCGAUUUUGUUGAAUAUGUGCCAUCUUUAACAUCUUCUGGUAAUAUCCCUCAAAAUUUGGAAACAGCAGACCAAAAAAACGUUGCGAUAUCUAAUGCACCACCUAACAUUGAAACAGGAAUUUUGAAAGAAAGUAACCACUCAUUUGAAGACGUCUUGGAUAGACCCAUUCUUCAAUCUACUCAAUUUCAAGAUACUGAAAAGUCUGUUGUCCACCAACCAAGCAUACAGUCGGACCUAUCCACCAGUUUCGAAUGUAAUGAAGGAAAUAGUGAAAGUUUUUCAGAUGUGUCAUCAGUUGAUAAUAAGAAUACAAAAGAUUCUUCAGAACAGUUUCAACCAGAAACGUCUUUGAUGGGUGCUAAUGUAGCCAGGACAUCUGAAAAUCUGGAAGGAUUAGAAGAAAAGGAGAAAGACCUAGAAAACACAUUCACUGGCAAGAGCGAGUUGGAUAAAAUUAAGACUAGGGAAUUAGUUCAUCAACCAAGUAUUCAGUCAGAUCUUUCUACUAGUUUUGAGGACAAGAGUUCUGAGGCUUUUAGUAGUAAUGCAGUGUCUCCAGAAGAAGAGAACCCUACUGCAAAUCUUGUCAAUUUUGAAGAUACAUCUGAUAAUUUCCAUAUGAACCUAGCGGAGACACCAUUGCCUGUUAAAGAAAAUGUUACAAAGUCAAAUGUUAUUUCUAAUGAAAAUGAAAUCAGAUUUAAAGAACCAGACACCGCAACAAUAAGAAGCAGUAUGUCUGAAGAAGUUAUAGCUUCAAAAUCUGUUGGAUUUGCAGCAUUUUCUAAUGAUGACAGUAGUGAUAACAGUAAGUUUGUAGUUGGUGAUACAUCAGAAGAUGAAUUUGAAGGUAAGAAAAAUGUUGGAUUUUCAACAUUUAGCAUUGAUGAAGAUCCUGAUAAUGUCAAAUGUGUUGGGUUUUCUACAGACAUAUUUGAUGAUAAUGAGUGUGAUAACAUGGCAAGUCCUGACAAACAAGUAGAUCCAGCAUUAAAUGAAGAAAUAUUGAAAACAUCAAGUGCAUUAGUUGAAACAGCCUUCAGGGAAGCAAUUGAUAUAGAAAGAGCACAUAUACACAAACAGAGUAUGAAAAAUGAAGUUGAACCUCUUCCUUCUGAAAGUGAAUCAGAAGAAUUAGAAGGUUCAAGUAAUUCAAUAAGUAAUAAUAUUGAAGACUCUCCUAAUGAAGAUGCUGAUACCAUUGACAAUGAAAUUGAAGAAAACAUUUCAGAGGCUGCUGUCAGUGAAGUAGCUUUUUCAUUUGCCAAUGAACUUAUUAAAGAAGCACUUGAUAAUUAUGAUGAGGUUAUGGAACCAGUCGUAAACCAUGACAAGGAAGAGGAAUCAACUCCAAAACGAAAUCCACCUUUGGGGAUGAAAAAUGCAAAUAAUUCACUGUCUUUGGAAACCGACUACUUACCUGGAAUGGACCCAUUAAGAGGAAGUUUAGACAUAUAUUCAGCUGCUGAUCAUUCCACAACCAUAUCCACAGAUGCUCAUAGAGAAGUGGCUGAAAGCGUCAGUUUUAGAAAAAUAAGUGGUGAUGAGUCACCAAGCAAACAAAAAGAACUCCUAGAUAAGUUACGAAAAGAUGCUGAGGAAAAUAAACAUGAUGAGGAAAUGUUGAAUGAAGAAAGAAAUGAUGCAAGUUCAGAAUACAGUCAGGAGACAUCAGAACAGAGUAGUUCUGAUUGGAAAAGUAAUGAAAAUAGUCUUAUUGAAAACAUCUCUACUGGGUUUGAUUCUAAUGAGACAGAAAUUUCGGCUGUUCCUCCACAUGUAAAUAUAACAGCACCAUCUUCACCAGAGGAACUAGAUUUUGAACCUACCAAUGAACUCAGACCAGCAGCAGAGAACAAGCUUAUGGAAAAUAAAAUGAAUGAAAAUGCAAUAAUACAAACAUCCGAACAACCAAUAGAACACAAUGAGCCUAAUCUUGAAAACCAAAUUGAUUCAGAACCAAAAAGAGUAUCAAAAGUUGAAAAAACAAUAGUUAAAGUUAGUAAUGCUGCAAAUGAAUCAAUAUUUGGUAGUGAAAUAGAUGACUUCAGUAAAGAAACAAGAACCAUUGAUGACAGUAACAAAUCUGCACCUACAUCUGAAGAUCAUAAGUCAGAAGCUGAAGAGGGAUGUUUUUCUGAUCUCACAGAUAAAGAAAAGAAAGAAGUGUAUAUGACAAGUGCUGGAAGAAUUAGUAUUUCAGUUGAUAUGAAAGACAAUAUUGAUAGUGAGGCCGAUGAUAAUAGUCCAACCAUUGAUCCCAGAAGCGAUAGUGAACAUCAACAGGUAGGACAUUUAGUUAGCCAGACUGGUGUGUUGCUUGAGCAUGUGGAUGUCGAGUUAGCCAUGUUAAAUGAGAAACCUUCACCCAUUUCACCUUUUGUGCCUCAGGAUAUAUCAGAGAUUAUAGCUGCUGAUUUAACUCCAGUAGACCUAAAUAAAAAGAUAACAGAUGAAGAUAUUUCACACAAAGAAGAAUGGCAGGAUGAUGAUUUGCCCCCAUUGGUGGAUGGUGAAGAGAGUCGUCCCCCUGUGGAAGAAAUCUGUGCUCGGGAUGACAGUUGUCAUGAUUCACCUAUCCAGUCAUCAUCAUCAGAACCAAUUGCUGAAUAUUCAGCUCAGGAGGAAAGUGAGGAUGUUAAGAGAUGGAAAGUAGUUAAUGUCGGUGAUAAAGAAUAUAGAAUAGAUCUCACAGUUAUAGAACCGUAUAAAAAGGUUAUUUCGCAUGGAGGUUAUUAUGGAGAAGGUUUAAAUGCUAUAAUAGUUUUUUCUGGUUGUCAUUUACCUGAUAAAAGAAGAAAAGAUUAUCAAUAUGUCAUGGAUCAUUUAUUUAUAUAUGUUGUAUACACCCUAGAGGAAUUGGUGGCAGAAGAUUAUAUGAUAGUUUAUUUUCAUGGUGCAACUCCUAAAAAACAAUCUCCUAGUUUUGGUUGGUUAAAGAAAUGUUAUCAGAUGAUUGACAGAAGAUUAAAGAAGAAUCUGAAGGCGUUAUUAUUGGUUCACCCAACAUUGUGGUUAAGAACAGUUGUUAUUAUGACAAAGCCAUUUAUCAGUUCCAAAUUUAGUUCCAAAUUAAGAUUUGUAAAGACCCUGCAGGACUUGGGAGCAAUAAUACCAAUGGAGAAUUUAAAUGUUCCUGAUGCAGUCAAAAUCAUCGAAGAAAAAUUAAAAGAAAAUCCCAAGUAUUUAGAGGAAGAAGAAAAGAGGGAAAAGAAAUUAGAAAAAGAAGCUGAGAAAGAGAGAAAGAAAAAAUUGAAAGAAGAGAAGAAAAAAAAGAAAAAAUAACCAUUUCUAUUUUGCAUAACUUUUGUUUUAUGGUUUUUACCAUUCAUAAUUGUAGUAGAGUUUUCAUUUCGUAUUUUGAAAUUGGGUAUUACUUUUGGGUACAAGGUUAACUUUUUAGAAGAAUAUGAAAUGUUCAUACCCAGUUCUCAUGUGUGGAAUUGGGUAGUAUCUCUUAAUACAUAAUCAUUUUAUGCUUAUUUAAUAAAUUAAAUGAUUUGUUUAUUCAUUGUCUCAUAUCAAACUUAAACGUCUUUUUCUUUCUGCAAAGAAAUCCUUUUAGAAUAAAAACAUUGCUAUCCAAAGACAAAGGGCAAUGAUUUAAAAACUAUUACUUCUAGUCAAAAGAAUGAAGCCUGCUUAUAUUAUAUAAUACAGUUUGUAAACAAAGAGCCUUUUUCAUAUGGAAUUUAUGUUUUAAAAAAUUAACUUUAUAUAUUAUUUUUUUUUUUUGUGAUAAUUUUAAAAUAAAUUCCAAAUCAACUUGAUUAAAGUUUGCAAUGUUAUAUCUUGACAGAAGUAAUAUAACUUUUUUUACGCCCACAUUUUCAUGUGGACCUAUAUUGUCGUCGCCCUUGUCCGUCCUGACGGCCGUCCACCCUUGUUUUUGGACACUCUACAGGUCACAAUUUUUAUCCGAUUUCAAUGAAACUUGAAAUAUAGGUUUAUCACCUUCAGAUCUCGGUUCCUUUCGAUAUUGGCAUUUAUCGGACUGUAACUUCAUGGAUUAUGGCCCCUGAUUGUUUGAAAAAUCGCAUUUUUAGCUUGUGGACCCUAUAGAGGUCACAAUUUUUAUCUGAUUUUGUUGAAAUUUGGAAUGUAAGUUUAUAACGCAAAGAUCUUGGUUCUGUUUGAUAUUCGCGCAUAUCUGACCGUAACUUCCUGAAUUAUGGCCCCUGAUUGUACGAAAAAUCACGUUUUUUUAGCUUGUGGACCCUAUGGAGGUCACAAUUUUAUUCCGAUUUAAAAAACGUUUGAAUAUAUCACCGUUACACCUUAAUUACGGUUGAGUUUGAAUUUCGUGAAAAUCUGACAAAAUGUUCGACCCUCGUACGCAAACAGUGUAAAAAUAUGGUAGAUCAAGGUUGUGGACCCUCUAAAGCUCAAAAUUUUUAUCCGAUUUUGAUGAAACUUGAAAUACAUGUUUAUAACCCAAAGAUCUUGGUUCAUUUCGAUAUUUGCGCAUAUCGGACCAUAACUUCCUGAAUUAUGGCCCUUGACUGAAUGGAAAAUCUAGAGGUCACAAUUAUUAUCUGAUUUAAAAAAAUAAUUGUGUGAAUAUAUCACCGUAAUGAUGGUUGAGUUCGAAUUUCGUGAAAAUCAGACUCUCUAGAGGUCACAAUUUUCACCUGAUUUUGAUGAGACUUGAUAUGCAUGUUUAUAACCCAAAGAUCUCAGUUCCUUUCGAUAUUCGCGUCUAUCAGAUCGUAACUUCCUGAAUUACGCAAAUAGUGUAAACCUAUGGUAUAUCAAGGAUGUGGACUCUCUAGAGGUCACAAUUUUCACCUGAUUUUGAUGAGACUUGAUAUGCAUGUUUAUAACCCAAAGAUCUCAGUUCCUUUCGAUAUUCGCGUCUAUCAGAUCGUAACUUCCUGAAUUACGCAAAUAGUGUAAACCUAUGGUAUAUCAAGGAUGUGGACUCUCUAGAGGUCACAAUUUUCACCUGAUUUUGAUGAAACUUGAAAUGCAUGUUCAUAACCCCAAUAUCUUGGUUCCUGUCGAUUUUCAUACAUAUCCAAUCGUAACUUCCUGAAUUAUGGCCCCUGAUUGUACGAAAAAUCACGUUUUUAGCUUGUGGAACCUAUAGAGUCAUACUUUUCAUCCGAUUUAAAAAAACGUUUUAGUAUAUCACCGUUACACCCUAAGGGUGGUUGAGUUCGAAUUUCGUGUAAAUCGACCCAAAACUGACAGAUACAAAUGGCCGUCCCUCGUUCUCAAAUAGCGUAAAAAUAUGAUAUAUCAAGGUUGUGGACCCUCUAGAAGUCACAAUUUUUAUCCUAUUUUGUUGAAACUUGAAAUGUAAGUUUAUAACCCAAAGAUCUCGGUUUCUUUCAAUAUUCGCGCAUAUCGGAUCAUAACUUCCUGAAUUAUGGCUCCUGAUUGUACGCAAAAUUGUGUUUUUAUCUUGUGGACCCUAUAGAGGUUAUAAUUUUUAUCCGAUUUCAAAAACCGUUUUAAUAUAUAUCCUUUACACCCUAAAGAUGGUUAAAUUCGAAUUUCGUGAAAAUCGGACCAAAACUGACAGACAAAAUGACCGCCUACGUACUCAAAUAGUUCGAAUUUCGUGUAAAUCGACCCAAAACUGACAGAUACAAAUGGCCGUCCCUCGUUCUCAAAUAGCGUAAAAAUAUGAUAUAUCAAGGAUGUGGACUCUCUAUAGGUCACAACUUUCUUCUGAUCUUGAUGAAACUUGAAAUGUAAGUUUAUAACCCAAAGAUCUCGGUUCCUUUCAAUAUUCGCACAUAUUGGACCGUAACUUCCGGAAUUAUGGCCCCUGAUUGUACGGAAAAAUCAUGUUUUUAGCUUGUGGACCCUAUAGAGGUCAUAAUUUUUAUCCGAUUUAAAAAAAACGUUUGAAUAUAUCACCUUACACCCUCUGGAUGGUUGAGUUCGAAUUUCGUAAAAAUAGGACCAAAACUGACAAGACAAAAUGGCCACCCCUCGUACUCAAAUAGCGUAAAAAAUAUGAUAUAUCAAAGUUGUGGACUCUCUAGAGGUCACAAUUUUCUUCUGAUUUUGAUGAAACUUGAAAUGUAAGUUUAUAACCCCAAGAUCUUGGUUCCUUUCAAUAUUCGCACAUAUGGGACCGUAGCUUCCUGAAUUAUUGCCCCUGAUUGUACGACAAAUCGCUUUUUGAUUAACUUGUUCUCUAUCUUGCAAAAUGUGGGCGUAUCCUGCCUGGCAGCCGCUGGUAGUAUAUCACCGUUACACCUUAAUGAUGGUUGAGUUUGAUUGGUAACCAUGACUACCCUUGUACUUCAAAUGCAUCAUUUGUGUAGUUGUACUCCCUGAAGAAGUAAGUUUUUACACUUGGGAAACGUUAGAUUCUAUAAAGAUGGUUUUGUGAUACCCAAGACUUUGUUUUAACCACUCCUACUACUGAUGUCACCGUAUCAAGUUUAUUAUGACUUGGAUCUCAUCUAAGUUUAUGUUAUUCAAAUGGUUUUGAAUUCCUCUCUCUUUAUAUUUAUUUGGAUUCACACAUUGAAAUGUGGUCGUAUAUUGUCGUCUCCCCCCGUCCAUCGGCCAGCACAGCGUCCACAAUUGCUUGUGGACGCUCUAGAGGCAAAAGUUAAUAUCUGAUUGACUUUAAAUUUAUACACAGUUUUUAAGGUCAUGAGACGAAGACAUCUAUUGAUUUUCAACGAUUUCUGAUAACUUAAACAGCUAACUCCAUGAUAUUAAAUGUUUUGUAUACUGAACGUUAGCAUUAGGGUGUUUCACUUUUUUCGUAAUUUCUAAGGUUUCUACCCAUCACCUUGGGGUCAAACUUAAUUUUCUAAAAUUACUGCCAUUUUCUGUAUUUUUGGACGUUUUGAGCUUGACAGAUCACUCAGAAAAGUCAGGUAUGGCUUGUAAUGUGUCUAAUUAUGCUUUUCAUGGAUGUAGAGUCAAUUUCCACCAUCUUAAAUGAGAUUUUCACAAUCCAAGAUUUAUACACAGUGUUAAAGGUCGUGAGAUGAAGAAGUUAUGGCCUUUGAUCAUUUUGAAAAAUUUUGUGGAUGCUCUAGAGACCAAAGUUAUCAUCCGAUUCACUUUAGAUUGAUAAACAGAGUUUAAGGUCUUUAGAAAAACAAUAAUAUUGAUUUUCAGUGAAUUUUGGUAAUUUGUUACUCUUAAUCAGAUUUUAGUGUAUUAUAAAUGUUUCAUUACCAACAAAAGUAAAAAUAUGCGACAACUCAUGUUGACUGCUCGGGCGACUUAGCUGCUGUGGGCGUAUGUUUCGUUGCCUGGCAACCUAUCUUCUGAUUUAGAUUUGCUUUUGCAGAAGACAAAUCUGAAUCAGAAAAUAGUCGCUUCAUGAGGGAAAUGCUUCAUGAGAGAAAUCUGGGACGGCUACUUGCCACUCAUAGAUUUCUAAUUUCAUUUGCACAAGACAAACUAUAGUUGAUUUGUGUUCUGCUGCCAUCUUGAAACUAAAGAAUCCUAAUCUGUGUGAAACAAUAUGAGGGAAUUUUAAAUCAAAUCUGAAUCACUUCGCAAGGGAUUAAAAGUUAUUAGUUCAAUAGCUAUGUUAAUGUAUAUAAAUAUACAGUUUAUAUUUCAUCCCUGUCUUUCAAUGUUUAUUAUUUCCCCUUAAAGUUUCUAUUAUCCAGACAUGUAUAUAGAUAUAAAAAUAAAAGUGCAAUUUUAAUGAGAUUUAUAUAAAGUGUUAUAUGUAUAUAUUGGGUGUGAAUUAUAUAUUGUUAGAAGCGGUUAUCAAGUUAAUUGUUAUAAUGUUUGUUAGAUAAUUCCUGGAGAUCUCCCUACAGAGGUAAUUCACUAAAUAUAUUUUGUUAUUGAUUUUUGUUCAGUAUUCCUUAUUGUUAAGCAUACUCAAUUAUUAUUAUUUAGAGUUUAUAUAUAUUUUUAAUAAAUAAAAUAUGUAUUAGGUUCUGUUAAAAAAAAUUAAUUAAUGGAAUAGAUGCAAAUGAUUCAGCUGUUCAACACAAUGAAAAACAUGUUAUACUUCAUAUGAAUAUAUUUAUUAAAAUAUAGAAAUUUAAUCCCUAGUGAAAAUCUACCUGCCUGUUAUGCUACAAAUGGUGUUUUUCAAUGUCUUCUCUUAAAGCAUUUAAGAUUUUAACAAAAUUUGGUUGUGUUAUACUCAGAUUUGUUCAAAUAUCUUAAAUUGCUGAAUGGAUUUUAGAAUUUUGUUGAAUUUGACCUUAAAGAUGGGUUCCUGUGUACAAACUGGGUGAUUUAAUGGUAUAUAUGGACUAAAAACAUAUUCAAACUAAUUAAUUUGUCAUAAUUCUCAAACAUUGUAAUUGCGAAGGAAUGUCCUGCUAUCAAACCAGGUCAUAUUUACGUCACAUGACUUUCCUCUCUUGGAAGUCCAAGGAGAAUUCAUUGCAUACUUAAGACGAUGUUGUCUUUAAUCGCUUACUAUUUAUUAUAAAUAUCGAAUCCUGAUUAAAUUCUUGGAUUAUCCACUACCCGCGUCUUUUUCCGUCAUUUUUAUCUCAGAAAGUGUUGUAGUCUAACUCUUCAUAAAGUUUAUCAACUUGUACAUCAAGCGUUCAAUGUUCGCGUGUGACCUUUGACAUCACCCAUGCUGAAAUUCCUAAUCGUCGGACUGUCAAUUAGGGCAACCCUUACAUUUUUGUCCUGUAUACGCUCCAUGAGUGUUUUUCGGGGAAUCCAGUAUUUUUCUAGUCAGAUUGGAUAUCUCUAACUUUCCAUAUAUACCAAAAUUACCAUACUUUUAUUGGAAAUAACCACCUGAUAAAUACUUUUCUGGGAACCCAUCUUUAAAUGAUACAGAUGAAACUUUGUUGAAAUAAUAAGGGCUUGAUCCCAUAGGAGUUAAGUUGGACAGGGGUACCAUAGAGUGACAAAUAUAUAUAUUUUUUUUAUCAAAAUUGGUAUGAAUGCUGCUUAGCUUUCAGUUAUUUAGAUUUAUUCAAUGAAGUUGCUCUGUCUCAUAGGUUUUUGGAAGAGGCACCUUGAUUUUACAAAGUUAUAUAUUUUUGACUUCUCCUCAACUGCUUGAUGAAUUUCAUCAUCUAUAUUUCAGCAACUAUUUAAAUAAGCCUGUGUCGAGUGGACGUUAAACCCCAUUUCUCUCUCUCUCUUUUGUUCAUAUUUGUUCUAAGUCACUUGGCUCCAGAAGGUUGUGACAUCUUUAGGCGUUGCCAGAUUUGAUAGGUUUGUUGAUUAGAUGAUGUUUGUCCAAAUUUCUUCAAUUUGUUCCCCAACCUACUCAAUGUGGGCUACGGAUGAUUACUUUCAUAUGUUAUAAUGACAGUCAAAUCAAUAUUUGAAUAGAUAUAUAAUGUAGGAAAAGACAUCUAAGUUAUAUUUUGCAACAUAAAUCAGUGUACACGAAAGUAUAUAUAUAUAUAUAUUUACAGAAUGUUGUAAAACAAAAUCAAGCUAAAAUACUAUAUACCUGUAUAUCACAAAGAUAUUAUACCUAUAUUAUUUAUUUAUAUCUACAAAAGAAAUGUAUUUUAAAGGUCUCAACCCAUUAUUCUUUAUAGUGUGAUUUUUAAAAAGAAAUGAAUUUUACAAAUGAUAUAUUUAAUAAUUAUUUUUAUUUUCUUAAAUAUUGAAAUGAUAUAUAUUAUGUAAUAACACCAAAAGUAUUUUGAAAACUUUAGUGAUAAAAAAGAAUGGUGUGAAUUUUUUUAUUAAAUAGAUAUACAUGUAUUCAUAAGUGUAUGGGUUUUAAUUAAUUACACAUUGUGUAUUAUAAAUCAAAUAAUAGCUUCCAGUAGAUCCAGUAAACAUAAUUAUACAGUACAACAACAUUCUACAGCCCCUAUGUUUUGUGCAUUAUUAUCCUCUGUGGAACAUGGAUUUGAUCCUUUGCAGAGCCUUCUAAUCAUCUGCGAGCAUGCACAGAAUGUGGGACAUGUGGAAUGUUGUGUUACUUGAAUGAUAGAAAUUAUAUACUAAGGCAACAGAUAGAAUUCCGAUAUUACUGCCUGGUGUAUAUUAUAUAAAUUAAAUACAUUAUUCAUUGUAGGAGAAUGGGGAAGGGAGUAAUUAUUGUAGAUUAUUAGAAUGCUAAGUUUCUGUUCUAAUAGUGUAGAAAGUCUUUAAUAUCUUGUAGUAGAGAUAUGUGUCGGUAAAUGGGGAAUGUGGUAGACAAACUUAUAUAAGAAGUCUUUUUUUGUUUUUAGAUAUUUCAAUUAUUGCCAUUGAAAUCAAUCUGGUUUCUGAUAUGUUCUGCAGAAUGACUGACCUUCUAAUUUUAGAUAUAACUGGGUCAUUCUUUAUUUGAGUUCAUAAAAAGUCUGUUAAUUAUUACCAACAUACAAGCAUUAUAUUUUUAAUUUUAGAGCCUAAACUUCAUUUCAAAUUUAUAUUUUAUUUGUAUUAUAAAUGUCACAACAGUAUCUGCAUUGGGUUUGUUUUAAAAGCAAACAUAGAUGGGCAAAACAUGUAUUUACUCAUCGAAAAUCAGACAUUUUUAGUGUUAGCCUUUUGUAUAUCUCAAUGGUCACAGAUUUGUCAAAAUUACUUUGUAUCUGGAAUAGUUUUAUAUAUUUGUUUUGUGCUACUGUAGUGUUUUAAUAUUAUGGUGGUAGCUGUUCAAUCCAUUUUAUUAAAACUUUUAUUGGUUAACAUGGAAACAUUGUCCAAAAGAACCUGAAGAUUAAUGUGUGUUUUUAUUACAAAGACGAUAAUAUGUAUAUUAUUUGAAUGGAUUGAAUGUGUUAUCUAGAAAUAUUUAUUUAUACUAUAGCUAAACAUACAUCAUUCCUCUAACAUAUAUUUAUGUUUGUCUCUUGCUGUAGCAAUUCCUAAGUCACGCAAUAGUGCCAUUUCUUUCAUUUAUGGUGGCAAUUUUAUGAAUAAAAUUGAUUUAUCAAUAGA